AUGUUACAAUCGCGUACUACAAAAAUAAUCGCAUUUUGCUUCACUCUGUUAUUUAUCAUCUAUACUUUAAAACAUUUUUCACAAACGACAAACCCUUCUGUGAAAACCUCCAUUCCCGAAUCAAUUGAAGAAGCAUUUGUUACAUUUUGUGAUAGUAAUCCUGAUUAUCUUGCUUUAUUAGAAACUGUUCUUGAUUCUGUUCAUCUCUUUUCAACUCGUCCAAUUAUCGUCUAUGGAAUCGAUGUUGAUUUAAAGCUUAACUUUCAAAAAUAUCCUCGUUCAAUUCAACGACGUUUAAAACAAAGCGAUUGCGGCCAAUCGAUUUAUUUUUGUAAACUAGCUGCAAUCGUGCGUAGUAACGUCAGGUAUGGAAUCUAUAUCGAAACUGAUACGUUAGUUAAUUGGAAUGUCGAUGUACUUUUUGAUGUUCUACAUCAAUGGCCAUACGCGUUGCCAAUAGCUCCUCGUCAUCCAGAUGAUCCGCGAAACUACAAACGAUUCUUAAAACAAUUCGAAUUGGAUUUUUCUAAUCGCACAACACCGUACAUACACGCACAUUUACUAUGGACGUUUCGUUCGUAUGCAUUUCUGAGAGAAGCGCUCACUUACAUGCAGAAAGGAUAUUUCCUUGGUGCUAACUAUGAUGAAACAGGCAUCAAUGUUCUCCUAUGGAAAGCAAAAGCUAAUCAUACUCUGUGUAAAAUAGAUCCUUUCUUUACUUUUCUCUCGGUCUAUGAAGCACGUCAACAUCACUGUACAGAAUUCUGUCACACAGCAUUUAUUCUCGUGCAUGGAAGUAAAAACUCGAUUGAAAUGCGUGAUUUAUUCAAUCGGUUAAAAAGACACGCUGGAUUCCCGUUCAUUCAAACAAUGAACGAUGGAUUUCAUUAUUUGAAUCAAACAGAACAUUCAUGUUGCUAUCCAGAUAGUCGACCAUCAUCAAUUCAUCCGUUACUUUGUGAACAUUCCAGAUAA